CUAGCAAGGGGACCCCUCCACCCCCUCGACGGAACGUUCGGGCAAUUUCAAGCCCCAUUUUUUGUCCUUUAAAAAUAUAGCUAUAUAAUAUUUUUACUUCAUUGUGGUGGGCGAAUUCCAAAAUUGGAUCAUCUUUCGAAAUAUUGGAUUAGAGUUUAUAAUAGACGUAUGUGACAAACCGAGCUAGCAUUUAUGUUAUUGAAAUAUGUUAGCUUAGCUGCUAACGGUUACCAUGUUCGCUGUAAUUUGUGUUAAAUAUAGUUAGCUAGCCAGCAAAUGUUUACAGACAGUUACUGAAUCAACCACCUAAGCUGGUUUAGACCGUUUAGGUAUUCAUUUUUGUGUUUAUUGUAUUUUUUUUUAUUAACUAGCGGUUAAUAACGAUGGUAGCCAAUUAAAAACAGAUACCAUGACAAUUUGAAUGAAACAACCGUCAGAAACGCUAUGUAAACCAUUUUAAUAGUUUACAACCGACGCAGUGAGUUAAACAUUAAAUUUAACGUUAUUUAUACGGAUGUUCAUGCCAGUUAUCGAUCUUUUUAGUAAUAACCCAUCUCCCAUCAUUUCCAUUGACCACUAAGCUUUAUUAAACUGGCUGUCUGUCAGAAAGCGUGCAGGUUGCUUUCAGGCACAUUUGGGCACUCCUUAUCGGGCUCUAACGGGAGGUCAUGGUCCCAGCUGCAUUGCGGCCCUCUUACACUCACGAGAUCAGUUGCAAACAGUGAACCAGCACGCUACCAGACCUGUGAACACACACCCCCGGAUUUGCGUUGUCCACCUGGGAGUACUGUAGCCGGUGGAGGAAAGGCAGAUCCAUUGCCCAUGCCCGCCAUGCCUGGUCCGGCGGCCAGCAAAGCGCGGGUGUACGCUGAUGUGAACACUCAGAAGAGCAAGGAGUACUGGGAUUAUGAAGCACAUGUGCCUAGCUGGAGCAACCAAGAUGAUUAUCAGCUUGUGCGAAAACUUGGAAGAGGCAAAUACAGUGAAGUAUUUGAAGCUAUUAAUAUUAACAGCAACGACAGGGUGGUAGUGAAAAUACUCAAGCCUGUCAAGAAGAAGAAGAUCAAGCGUGAAAUCAAAAUUUUGGAGAACUUAAGGGGAGGAACCAACAUAAUUCGCCUAGUAGAUACAGUAAAGGAUCCAGUGUCUAGAACACCAGCUCUUGUAUUUGAGUGCAUCAAUAACACAGAUUUCAAGGAUCUCUACCAGAGAUUAACAGAUUUUGAUAUUCGUUUCUACUUGUAUGAACUUCUAAAAGCUCUGAAUUACUCUCAUAGCAUGGGUAUCAUGCAUCGGGAUGUAAAGCCACAUAAUGUGAUGAUUGAUCAUCAAAUGAGAAAGUUGCGCUUGAUAGAUUGGGGUCUUGCUGAGUUCUAUCAUCCUGCACAAGAAUAUAAUGUAAGGGUUGCAUCAAGAUCGUACAAGGGCCCAGAGCUACUGGUCGACUAUCAGAUGUAUGAUUACAGUUUAGACAUGUGGAGCCUGGGCUGCAUGCUGGCCAGUAUGAUUUUCCAAAAAGAGCCAUUUUUUCAUGGCCAGGACAAUUAUGACCAGCUGGUCCGUAUUGCUAAAGUUCUUGGAACUGAAGAGCUUUACAGCUACCUUAAUAAAUACCACAUUGACUUGGACACACGCUUUAAAGACCUGCUUGGACAGCAAACGCGAAAGCGUUGGGAGCACUUUGUUCAGCCUGAGAAUCAGCAUCUUGUGAGCUCAGAGGCACUGGAUCUGCUGGAUAAGCUGCUGCGUUAUGACCAUCAACAGAGACUUACUGCCCAGGAGGCCAUGGAACACCCUUAUUUUUAUCCUGUGCUGAAGGGACAGUCUCUCUCAAACUCAGAUGGCACCCUGGCAAUAAGCAGCUCAACUCCAACAUGAUGAGCUCAAAACAGGAAAACCUUUUUACCUCAGAGCCCCAGGCAGAGCCCCUGCGUUUCAGGUGAAAAGCUUCACUUUAGUGAAGCAAGAAGUCAUUUAGUAACACAAGAUAUGUACAGAAUCGACGCACAAUGGGCUGGCCGACUCCCUCUCAUUUAUUCACUUUGUAUUAGUGCUGCUUGCCACAGUUACCUAGAUACCAAAAGUGGUAUUCUGUAUUGUCCCCUUCUUUCCUCUUUUAAGUUAAACAUCUCUCUUAAAAACUAAAAACAAACAAAAAAACUGAAUUAUAAGUGAUUAUAUAUUGUGGUUGGGAAAGAAUGCCUGCUCUUUCCCUGUGACUCUCAGGCUCUACAUGACUGCUGUGGGCUCAGGAUCCAGGUUGCAUUAUGUGCUGGAAAGAUUUUGUUGGUCUGUUAAUUUGCCCUGCUGAAAUGAGUGCAAAUUCUAAAUUAUAGUAUUAUUGGGUAUGAAGGCUUUUCUGCAACCUAUUGAAAAUAUGAUAUAUUAAACAAGAUAUACUUUUUAACCAG